AUGGAAGGUGGCCCAUCAAUCACUGAUGCUAUUGGGACAGAAGAUUACAGGAGCCCUCAAGAUAAGUAUCGUUCCGACUAUAGCGAUGAAAGCGACAGCGAGAUUGAUGUUACCUGGUCUCCUGGGGACGGGAUAUGUCCAUCAACAGCAGAGUUCCAUCAUUGCUGUCAGUCCAAGUUCGAUGAAUGGAAGCAUGCGACCUCAAUGCCAUUAAAUCACACACUCUCUUUCCCAUUCUACUUAGAUGCCUUCUUAAGCCUUCUCAAACAUGUCCCCCCGUUUCUAUCCUGCCUCCCAGAACAUGUCCAUAUUACAGGGAGACGGAGAACAUUUCUUAUGCUUAGAUCUCCUCUACAGAUACACUCAACAGACGAUCCAGACUGCGAUCAACCUUACAAGCUGAUUGAUUAUCUUCAAUGCCUCGGAUCUCCAAAGCCUGUCGUCUACAAGCUGAAGGCUGAGACGCAAUUACAACCAGUCCUUCCUAUACACACCAAGGCCUUUCGCUCUGGGUAUUUCACAAACAUCGUUCUAGCUUGGUCCUACAUUGUUUCCUGCCGCUGGUCAGAAAUAUUCCAACGAGCAGGUUGGAACAGCCAGGUACUCCAUGAAAAUGGUAUGCAGAUUGAGGACUCUUUCUGGCAUCUUGUCACGCAAGGCUGCUGGUUAGCACUAGUGAAGAAAGAAACCGCAAAAUUCUGUUCUCCAUGGAUGAUGACAAGUGAGGGGACUAGAAAGGACCGCAAUUGGGUGCCAGUCACACCAAAUUCGUCUCUGGCCUUUAAUAUUCUUGUGGACUUCUGCAUAUCGGAAGGCCUGGAACUGGAAUUGACCACCGGUCUUGCGUCUGUUUUACUAUUGACCUCACGGAACACACCUUCGCCUAUCCUCGCUCCUGCUGUAGCAGCCCCAACUGCUUCUGCUGCCUAUCCACCAAGAGCAAAAGACGCAGUCUUUCACGAACUUUACCAAUCUAUUGAUAGAUUUCUCACUUUAAGCUCCACACAGGAUGCUUUGGACUCGUUAAUAUGCAGUGCCUUUUUUGACCCGUCUAUUCCCUGUAAUUUCAUGGGAGCUGCAUCUCUGGGUGUGAGGAAAGCCCUCUCAACGGUGGACAAGAUCGAUAACCAACAGCUCCUCAAAGCGAUUACAUAUAAGAACCUGUCUCUAUGCCAUUUCUGGGUUGCUGCCAUUCGUGGAGGUCAAGUAGACUCGUUACUGAACAUGAGUCUGUAUACCCUACCGCCUAUAUGUCUUGUGUCCGCCUUUUGGACAGAUACUACUCAAUCCUUUCUGCAGAUGGAGUAUUGCUCGAGUGAAAUAAACAAGAAAGUCGUUACUCGGACAGAAGAGUUUCAAACAUCGUUCUAUUGCCGGUCAGGCACAUCGGUGCCCUGGUCACCUGCACCUCCUUUCGGCUCAACUUUUGUCGAGAAUGUCAGUCUUGAAAUACGACAACACCUCGGACAUAUGCACAGACCUAUCUCAUGGACCACAUGCUGGGUUCUGAGUUCUGGAAAGAGGAUCCCCGCGACCAAACCGUACCAAAUUCGUCAGUCCCAGGCUCAGAGGGUGUAUCACCCUUCAUCUACAGAGCAUUCUAACGAUGUGUCCUACGCCGAACAAAUUGAUGCUGAUGAACAGUCGGCGAUUGCAACAUCUCGUUUGUUCAAUUGGCAUAGAAGCUAUGAUGAUGGCAUCUGGCUUGAUGAUGGAACGGGCGACAUUGAAACGAUUCGUCGAAUCCAGCAACACCAAUGGAUUAUCGAUCCAUUUUCUGCAAGUGAGCUUGACGAUUUGGUAGAAGAACCUAAGGAUCGCGAGCUUAGCUUUGAGAGUAUCUUGCGGUGGAUAGAUGAAGCUGAGAACCAUCGACACUAG